ACCAGUAAACUCUUAUUCCUCUGACAUAAAGUUUACUUCUGCAAUUUUUCUUUGAGUGGUAGUGGCAAUGUGCUGGAGUUCCGUGCCUGUACAAUUAUGUGCAUCAAAGAUUUCCUGAAUUGAUUCCGUGGAUAUAAGCUAAUAGAAUCAACAGAUUGAAAGGCGAUUAAAACUAUUUGAGUGUGUUAAACGUAAUCGAAGUAUGCGAUAAUUUUAAUUUGGUUGGCCAAUCAUUUGAGGUUUUGUGUGACUUUUCGUACUUUAAAGAAAGUUAUAAACAGAAAAUAUGAUUGAGGUUACAGCUAAACUAGUGCGGGGACCUGUGUAUUUAGCAGGCGAAUCAGUCGAGUGCUACAUUACCUUUUCCAAUACUCCAGCACCUGUACAUAAAAGAUAUCACUGUAAUAGUGAUGCCCUUGAAAGCCUCGCCUGGGCAAGUGUCCAGAUCCACUGCCAGUGUACCACAAACAGCAAAGUCAUGUAUCCAGAUGGGAACUUGUUCACAGCAGAGGAGCUGUCUACUGCCAACACUGACACAUCAUUCGCACCAUGUAGAGGAGAGAGAGGUCAUGUUGUACUUUCCACAAAGCCCAGAAUUCUGUUCUGUGACCUGCGUCUUUCUACUGGGGAGAGCAAAUCCUACCUAUACAGUGAGGUGCUGCCCAGUGAGGCUCCUCCAUCAUACCGGGGGCAGGCUGUCAAGUACUCAUACAAGAUCACAGUUGGCAUGCAGAGAGUGAACUGCCCCAUCAAGCUGCUGCGGGUCCCCCUCAGGGUGCUUGUGGUUAAUGGCUUUCAGGAGGCCUCCCUUUGUGGUGACAGUGAAGAACUUGCCCCCAGCAAUCCUUUUCUUCAGAUUCGUCAGAAGGAAACGCCAUUUGAUCUUGCCAUGCAGGCUGUGCAGACUGUGACAGCCAAGCGGAGCCCAAACUUCUACAACAUUACCAAGUCCCAGGGCAGAGUUGUGCGAUUCUGCCUCUUCAAGCGCGCGUACAAACUUGGGGAAGACAUUGUUGGGACGUUUGACUUCUCGGAAGCAACGGUGCCUUGUGUGCAGUUCUCAGUGGUGCUGCAGAGCGAAGAGGAAGUCACUCCAGGCUGUCGCCGGUGGUCAAAGCAGGGCUCGGCUGUGGUAUCAUAUACAAAGUACCACGAGGUGUGCCUAAGCUUGAAACACUCUCAGCUCAUCUUGCCCAUCCCACUGCAUGUGACUCCUGGCUUUACCACUGAUCUGGUAACGCUACAGUGGAGGCUGCACUUUGAGUUUGUGACUAGUGAUACACAGCUGAUACAUGAACUGCCUGCGAAAGACCUGGAAAAUGGAAAUGUAUGGAGGGGACCAGCAACAUUGAACAUUGAGACAAUGGUCUGGAACCUGCCCAUCAAGAUCUAUCCCACAACACCACUGCAGAUCUCACAGGGACUGCACACACAGGCAAAGAACAGGCUGGCAGUCUGACUGCAUAGCAGUUUGAACCUUACUGGCUGCUACUUGAAUCAGCCCUCCAGUGGACAUCGAAAACCAAGUUUUUAAGUUCUGAAGCCACGAGAUUCUUGGCCUGCCAGAUCCUCUCUUUACGAAUUUGUAUACAGAACAGAAAAUAUGUGUACAAAUUAGCAAUCAUCAAUUAGUUUCGAACACUGAAGAUGACCAAGUAGGAUCGAAACAUGUAGUGGAUUCUUAAUAUACAGAGUGGGUGGGAAGUAAGUAGGCAUUGAGAAAUGGUUAUAACCUCUAUAUUUACAAUGCAAAGAUAAUGAAAAUAAUAAUAAUAAAAUAAUUUUUACAUGUACCUCUUUAAAUGGGAAUGCCUACUUACUUCCCACCCACCCUGUACAUUAACAAUAAACAAGUAUUAUUGUGUAGAAGUGCUGUCAGCCUAACUAGAAAUUAAAUUAAAUUAUCUAUAUUCUUGUUGUCAUCAUUGUCGUAAUUAUCAUCAUCAUCAUCAUUAUUAUUGUAGUCGAUACAACUACUACUACUACUACUGCUGCUGCUACAACAAGAUCGUAACACCUCAGAAUGUCUCAUUCACAAUCUCACCAGCAGUGUUCAUAUUUGUACACAAAGGUUUGUUUUGUUCUUCCAUGAUGACAGACCAGCCUACAGAUAACUGAUUUUGUCUUGUUGUUUCCUGUACUGUUGGCUGCUCUAACAAAGUCAAUUUUCCAAACAACUGAAUACAGGAACUUUGUGGGGGACCCUGCCACCAUGGAAGAAUAAAACAAACUCUAACAUAAGACUGUGGAAGCUAUUGGUCAGUUUGUCAUUGAGUCAUUCUGAAAAGGUGUUAGAAUAAUUUAAUUUCAGUCAUAACAUGUUAAGAAACCAGCUGUGCUCUUAUAAUUUUCACAUGUGAAUAAAGGAAGAAAGAAAAUACAUAAAAACUUGAUCCUCCAUUGCCAUGAUAUACAGGAUAAUUAUUAAAUAAACAUUCUUGGGAACAGAAUAUGGAUUGGAUGCACCAUAAGAAAGUGUGCUACCAACUGCACUAUCACUAAUGAUAUGAAAAUGCUAUGCUUUAUCAGAAUGUGAAGUAACAGUGUAGAAAGUAGAAAAUAAUAUUGAUUUUUCCAAAGAAACAAUGGAGUGUCUACACCUAAUGUUUUAGCCAGGAAGUCAGGUAUGCUGUAAAAGUGGUCAGAAAUGGAGGGUAGCACAUGGCUGGAUCCCCUUGUAAGAUGCAUCUUAAUUUCAGCCUCCAUCUUCGUCAUUCUGUGUGAAAACUGGGCUAGCAGUUCUAUGGAAUAUAUUUGUCACUUUCCUGGCUGUUUGAAAACUGUGAUUACAAAAACAUCUUCAGAACACAAAGUAUGAGAGUCACAGCAGAAUGAGUUAUCUUAUAAAACGGAGUUGGUGUGUGCUUAGUUUGUUCUUGUUUUUGUAUGCAUCUUCAGUUUUCAUAAUCUGAAAACUGUUUUUGAAGUAUGGGAAAAAAUUGUUAGAAAAGGGCAACAUGAAGAUAAGGUUGUAUGAAAAUAAAUUCUACUGUCUGCUUUAAAACUUCUUUUACAGAAAAUUAUGCUGUUUUAAAACUUGUGCUAAUAAUGUCAGACAUGAAAGAAAUAAAGAGGGAGACCAGGAAA